UACCCUGGCCCCUCAUAGUGGGCGAGGAGCACUUUUAGUAUCGCGGGACAGCGAAACCUGCUCUCUCGAAGGUUCGAGAUCUCUCUCUUUCUCGACCUCGAGUGAUCAAAAUCUCCCCCAAUUCGACCGCUCUCAAUCGAAUCGAUCUCCGUUAAGGAUUCAUCCAUCCGUCUUUACGCUUUGUUUCUCUGGGAGGAGGAGGAGAUUUGCUGAGUUAGGGUUGCUUCUGUGAUCGAAAUCCAUGGCAGGAAGAGAAGUUCGAGAGUACACCAAUCUCAGCGACCCCAAAGAUAGGAAGUGGGGGAAAGGGAAGGAUAAGAUCGACGAUGAGGACAUUACUUUCCAGCGCAUGGUAGCAAGGGGAUCUUGGCUUCUCCUACCGGGCGGUUCAUGCUAGCAGAUGCAGGAGGUUGCUGGUGAACGUGGUGGCUACCUUCAUGGGCGAGGCGCUUUGGACAGUGAUGACUUGCUCUAUCUGAAAGAGCAAAUGGAAGCUGAGGAAGAUGCUGAGCGUCUUCUUCGACGCACAGAGAAACGUGCAUUUGCUGCAUUCAAGAAAGCUGCAAAUUUAGCAGAUUCCACACCUGCAUCUAUGCCCUUGCCGCUCCGUGUUGAACCAAAGCCAAAGAGUGGGAUCAGGCAGCAAGAUCUCUUGAAGAAUAUUAUUGAAAUCAAACCGAAGCGACGGAGACUAUCAAGCCCUUCAGGUUCGACACAGGAUGACAGGUCAAGCCCAUAUGUGGCUACAAGAGUUUCAUCAUCCAGGGAUGAUGAACGGAUUUUGGAGAAAUGCUCAUCUCCUGCAGAAGGACCAACCGAGAACAAAUCCUCGUCUUCGGCUGAUCAAGUUUCUACACAUGGGGAUGCCGGAGAUCAACUGGGAGAAGAUUCAUCCUCAAGGAAGUCAAAUGGCGAAGAGACGAAUGCCAAACCAGAUAAUGCUGUUAGAAGCUUAUUAGGCUUAGCUUAUGAGAGCUCUGAUGAUGAAUGACUGGGAUCAUGAUAGCAGUUGCAGUCACUAUGUGAGAAGGACAAAAUAUGAGUCUGCAUACUAAUAAUUCAAUUAGAAAUGCUGCAGAUCAAUCUAUGCAACUCGUUAGAUCAAGUGAAGAAAAAAAAAGUGGUCUAGAGAUAUGAUGUUAAUAGUGUGCAUGGAGCCACUCUUGUGCACAAAUCAAGGCUCCAGGGUAGUUGGAUUCAAGGAGAUAUGGUGUGUUGGUCCAUGAUUCUCCAUACUGUGCUAAAAGCCGACUUUGAAGAGUUUGUGGAUACCAUGCCAAUGUUGGAUGAUGUUGUAUUUCUCCACCACCUUAAGAGAUCAAAAGCCUCAUCUUCCAUUUCAGAAAGAACAUCGUCCUAGGUGUCCAAUGUGAAUUUCUUGGAUGCUUCAAAAAUUCUAUCAAAGUUCAUGCCAA